AUGCUACCGAACUCUGCACCGGCAGUUUCUGGCCCAGAUGUCCCCUAUAUGGCAGAAAAACAACCGUCUAUGGCAAUGCCAUCAUCUGAACUGUAUGAUAACACCGCUCUAAGCUCUAGCCAACAACCAGAUUACAGCUAUCAGCAACCAAACCUGAAUGCUGCGCCUCUUGUCAGCUUUCCUCUCAUCUCUGAUCAGGCGGCGUUAGCGGAGCCUGUGAUGAGUGUUACUGCACCAACUCAUCAACCUCAUCUUUCAGCGGGAGACUUCUACGUCGCCCAAGCUUUCAAAGAUGAACCGCAGUUGGAGAAUCAAGUAAUGGUGCCCAGUCAACAGCUUAUCACUAAGACGCUCCCACAGGUCGGAUACAGUUCUGACCCUAACCUUAUUGAUACAAGUGCUAUUACUCACCAGAGCUUGGCCCCACCCGACAGCGUUUCCCAAUAUGGUAUGCUAAUCAAUACUCAACUUGAAGAUGCUGUGCAGAACGGGUGGUCUCUAAUGGAUCAGCAAGCCAACUUUGAAAUCGUACUCACUAACCAAAGAGGAGGAAAGAGAGGUCCGUUCAAGGACCCAAAUCUUCGUGAACAAACUGCCCAAACCCGAAAAAUUGGUUCCUGUAUCAGGUGCAGAAUGCAAAGAAUUCGUUGUGAAAACAACCCUGAAGAGGAGGGAGGGGCCUGUUUGACAUGCAAGAAAGUCUCCAAUUCAAGAGCGGGACGCUUCCCUUGCCUCAGAUACAAGAUAACGGAUAUCCGACUUUUCAAGCCGGGCCAAGUUCCCGGUUAUGAAUGGACACGGCGAUGGACCAACAACAUUUCGGAUUCGAUACAGAGCUGGGCUACGACUGAAGAGCCCAGAACCAUCUAUCUUUCCGAGGGAUUGUCGAAUAAAUUUGUCAAGGUGAAGGUUCAACGAUUCAUUCCUCAAGCUGGUGACAAGCUGGAACGUACAUGGGAUUACAAGGGUGUCAAGAAAUCAGUGACGAUUCCUCCGUAUGCGAUGGUUAACCUUGAGGAGGCGAAGAAAGAGUACCUGGACCACAUUGAGAAUAGCAUGCAGGAUGCUUUUACCAAGUUGCUUGGCCCACCUGAAGGCCUGCUAUUCCAAACGUACUUACGUGCUUGGAAAAUCUUCAAAGACCCGUCUACUUCGCCGGAGUGCGUGGAACUUAUUCAUCAUACACUCUUGUUGUGGAUGUCGAUUCGUCUGACAACGCGGUCGAGCUUCAUUGUUGGAGAAGAGACUUUGGGGAUGAAGCAAAAUAUCCUGGACGAAACGAACCCGAAUCAUGGCAAAAUACCUCUUCCGCCUGUACUUGGCGCUCAGAUGGAUCUUAUCCUGAUUCACCACAUACAGACCAAGCUGCGAAGAGAGCUUUUGGACAAACUCCAGAAGAUGAUGUCCAAGAACAAGCAGAGCACUUGGCUGGUGACGUAUCUUGUGAUCUUCAUUCUUUUGCAUAACACAGCUCUUAUCACAGCGCAUGAUGCUGGAUACGCGAAGAAGCACGGCAUGAAGCGACGCUUUGCGCGUGAGGAGAAGGUCAGAGAAUACCACCUAGGCGCAAACAUCUUGCUCGCACACUUCCACUACUGUAACAAGGGUAUCUACCCGUUCUCGGAAGGUUGCAAAGACCAAGACUUGCGAACACUGGCUGGCCUGGAUGAAGAAAAGAUCAAGUUUGUCCACCAAACUAGCAACUUGGCUAGACGACAUGCGUUGCAAUGGGAGGAACUCCGGGACAAGGCCGUGUACGAGCAUGAUUACUUUUUUGUCAGUCAAUUGUUCGAGACCAACUGGCAACCUCGAACAACAAUAUGA